AUGUGCAAAGGUCGCCUGAAGAAGUGGGAAAUCCACAAAUACAACACGGAAGAAAGGGUCAGGGAUUUCCUGGGCCAGGUGAGCGACGGCGGUGCUCGGGAGGCCCAAGCAAAGUCACGGAAAGUCGACAAAUACUUGCGGCGGAAGAAAAUGACUGCAGACGCCUUGCUUGCAAGCCACGAUAAGAAACUCGAAGAGUAUAGACAAGCGCCUAUGGACGAUUCGGCAGACCCCGAAGUUGACGACAUGAGCGCUGAUACCGAAGACCCGCCAAGUCUUGCAGCCAUGGCCGAUGACGACAAACACAAGCCACUACUCUCCGUCGUCCAAGAUACACUUGGAGAACUGGGGGUCGAUUUUGGCACCUCUUCAUCUGUUGACGGGCUUCUUCUGCUUCAACACCGGGCUGUUCUGCAGGACCGCCUGUCUGAGUUGCGUGGCUGGAGCUGGUACAGGCUACGGUCCGGAGCACUACUGCAUGAGCUCGAGCUUCUCGUAGGCCGAGUUCUCUGCAACGGUGACAUGUUCAAAAGCUUCGGCUACGAGGAGUUGAAAGAGCGCGGGAUUAUCGACGAAGACCUCUUGGAAACGUACUCACGCCAAAAUCUUGACGCCAGCGCUGGAGGCUUGAAUGAGGCCUUUCGACAGGGUUUCGUGUCAGAUUCACGGGAGGAAUUUAUCAAAAGCUCCUUCGGCUGCGAGGAGUUGAAGGAGCGUGGAAUUGUCGACGAAACCCUCUUGGACACUGCCCCACGGCAAAAUAUUUACACCACCGAAGAAGGCUUGGACGACAUCUUUUGUUCGACGUCCAUCACUCGUUUGAGGUCAAUGUUGAAGAGGACAUUUCGCUCACACCAAGAUUUUGACGCCUUCGCUGGAACCUUGGACAAGCCCCUUCAAAAGCAUUUGAGGCCGGAUUCACUGGAGGAAGUGGAAGGUUUUACGCACACGUGGAUACACACCGACGACAGAUUCUCCUAUCGCUUAUGGUUAGACCCGUGGAUGGUGCGCGAAGAGAUCCCCAGGUUUAGCACAGGACUUUGGGAAACUCUUCUCAAUGAACCAUUGAGUAUCUCGGCAGUGGAGGAGAAUGCUUUUAUGGUCAGAGAAUAUCUUUUAAGAGGAUGCAGCCCUGAUAAUCUCGUCGUUUAUGCAGCUUCGAUCAACGAUACAGCGUCUGUGAGGUUUCUCCUUGGACAAGGAGCCGAUGCAAACGACGCCCUGACUACAGCGUCAAGAUUCGGAUCUCAAAGUUCGGUAGAUGUUGUCCUCGGACACGGCGGCGAUGUCAACUGCAUUGCCAAGAACGGUUCGCCGCUCAGUGCUGCGGCCAAGUAUGGGCAACACUCGCUCGCAAGCAACACUCGCUCGCAAGGGUUCAACGUGGCGCCCAUGUCCAUAUGGCCAUCAAGUGCUUGCACAUUGGGGAACUGGGCACCGUUGAUCUCGGUAAUGCUGAAAAGAUGUUGCGGAAGCUUCCAAGGACGUUACCGACGGCCAAGAGAGUUGCUGCACGACGUGCGGUCAAUCCCUCCACCGAAGAAGACAUGCGCCAUCUUCGGAAUCGUAUUCUCGUUCAUCAUGGGAUUAUGA